CUCCCAGUUGGCACCAUGCCUGAAGGUACCAUUAUUUGCUUCCUGGAAGAGAAGUCUGGUGACCGUGGGAAACUGGCCCGUGCCUCUGGGAACUACGCUAUCAUCUCCCACAGCCCUGAAACUAAGAAAUCCCGCGUGAAGCUGUCUUCCGUGUCCAACAAAGUAAUCUCUGCUAACAGAGCCGUCAUUGGUGUUGCUGCUGGUGGUGGUCGUAUUGACAAACCAGUCCUGAAGGCGGGUCGAGCCUAUCACAAAUACAAGGCCAAGAAACUGCUGGUCCGUGGUGUGGCUAUGAAUCCUGUUGAACAGCCCUUCAUUGGUAAACCCUCAACCAUCAGGAGGGACACACCAGCUGGUUGUAAAGCCGGUCUCAUUGGUGCACGUCGUACAGAUAGACUGCGUGGAACAAAGUCCGUCAAGGACAGUAGAGAUUCCUUGCCUUGCAACCUGAUAGACUAA